UCGCUCAUCUCCCGGUUAACCACGUGUGCGUUGGCCAGAAGCGCGCUCCCGGAGUUUCUAUCUGCCGGCCGUUUUUCUUGCGGCUCAGUUUAAAUAAGAAGCUGUUCCCUCGACGUCUUGUUUUCCACGGUGGCUUCCGGUUUCAACUUUAACCUCCAGCUCCACCUCCAGUGCAGUUUAGGUUUGCGUUCUAGAGUGCAAGAAAUUAACAGCAAAAGUGCGUAGCAGCCGUCGUCGUCGUCGCCGUCUUAGGUGUUUUCCCACAGAUCAGUGAUUACUAUUCGGCCACAAUGACGGAUCGCAAACGAUCCAGCCAACCGCGCAUCGUUCGAACGUACGAGUUCCCGACGAAACCGGAGAAGCUGACACUCGGCCAGUACCUGUACGACAGCCGGGAUGGCAAAAUUCUUGGUCGCACGGCCACUGCCUGGGGUCAACUUAUGCUAUUCUAUGCGGCCUUCUACACCGUGCUGGCCGCACUGUUUGCCAUCUGUAUGCAGGGUCUACUGGUAUCGCUCAACCACGAGUUUCCAAAGUGGCAGCUUGAACAAUCUAUUAUAGGCUCAAGUCCCGGUUUAAGCUUUCGACCCAUGCCGGCAGAUGUGGAACAAGUCGCUUCGAUCGAGUAUGUUGCGGCCAAUAAAUCGGACGUGGCAAUAUGGGUGGACCUCAUCAAUGGCUUCUUGGAACCAUAUGUCGAUCGAGAAAAACUACCAGCCGGUACGGAGCAAGUGAUCUGUGACUUCAAUAGGCCGCCACCUGUCAGAAAAGUCUGCGCCUUCGACGUUAGCAAGUUGGGAAUCUGUACGGCAGAACAAAACUUUGGCUACAAUCGAUCUGCCCCGUGCAUUUUCCUUAAGCUCAACAGAAUCUACGAUUGGCAGCCAGAUUACUAUGAUGUUGACGAGCUACCCGAGGACAUGCCGAAUGAUCUCAUUACCUACAUCAAGGGACUGAACGAACAAGAACGUAAACAGGUAUGGGUGUCAUGUCAGGAGCUGGGUUCCGCCGCCAACAAGACGGAGCUUGAGGUCCAGUACUCUCCAAGCAGAGGAUUUCCGUCGUACUAUUAUCCGUACCUGAACCAGCAUGGUUACUUGAGUCCGCUCGUUGCUGUACAGUUCGUAAGACCGCCAACUAAAACACCUAUCACCAUCGAGUGCCGAGCGUGGGCAAAGAACAUUUUAUACCGCGGGGGAACCAGAGACCGACGGGGUUCCCUGCAGUUUACGAUGCGCAUUGAUUAGAUAGCAUUUACCGGGGUAAAUGCUGUGCGAAGAGUGCGACCGGAUCUUUUGGCUGUGGGUGCCUAAUCCUCCGCCCUUCAAAUCGGCACCACACACACAUACACACAAUCUGUCGUGCUAUGAAGAUGGUUACUUAACAGUGAACGAGAUUUAAACAUUAGUGAAACCGAAAGGAGAAAAUCUUAAGAGCCAACCAUUAAGUUUUAUCUCUGCUCCCAAUAAAAAAAGAAGAAAACGCAUUUUUAAACUGCGUUUUUAUGUAAUAGAACAAGUAAAUUAUUGGAGGUUGAAAAGGGAAACGAAAACAAAAGUUAACUCAUGCGAUGUGCUACGGCCAUAGCGCGUCGGAAAUAGAUCGGUAAUGCUUCAUCUACAUCGUAUAUACUUAAGAACCAGGUAACGACGAUGUACCGUAUUUUGCGAAAGUUGAGCUAAUAGUUAAAUGCUAAAAUGCCGUUAGAGUGAGUUGUUUUCAGGAGUAGAAUA